AUGUGCUUGGUCGCCACCGGCCACGUCGCCAAGGGCGCCAUCAUCAGCAUUGCUGGCGACAGUGCCUGGGCCACCUCUCCUGAUCUGACGAUUCAACCCGCCGAGAUGAAGGUCAUUGCCGACAUCGUCAGCAAGGACAAGGCCGCUGUUGACAAGGCGUACGCUGAGGGUCUCUACAUUGCCGGACAGCGCUACGUCUUGACCCGAAACGAUGAUGAAGGCAUCUACGCCCGAGCUGGCAAGUCGGGUGUUGCCAUCGCGGCCGCCAAGUCGGCCAUCGUCAUCGGUAUCCACGCGGAGAACGUGCAGGCCGGAAACGCCACCUUGGUCGUCAGCGCUCUCGCCGACCACCUCAAGAAGUCCGGAUACUAA